AUGUUGGUCGUCGUCGUGUUAUUUGCAGCGUUCGGCGGUUUUCUUUACGGAUAUGAUCUUGGACUAAUAAGUGGUGCCCUCAGUUACAUUCGAGAUGAUUUCAACACAUCUGAGAUCAUGGAAGAGGCCAUUGUGGGAGCUGCAAAAGUUGGAGCAGUGUUGGGGACCUUCCUAGGUGGUGCCCUCAUGCUGCACUAUGGCCGGCGAAAGGCUAUUGCACUGGACAGCUUCUUCUACGUGGUGGGCCCAGUCUGCAUGGCUUUUGCCUCUCACGCCAGCAUCCUCUUGAUUGGCCGGUUCCUGGUGGGAGUGGGGAUUGGCAUGUCAGCAGUGGUGGCACCGGCCUAUUUGGGAGAGAUAGCGCCCGCGCACCUGCGAGGCCGCAUCGUGGAGAGCUAUGAAAUCCUGCUGUGCUUUGGCAUGCUGGCCAGCGUUGCCAUGGACGUGGCUUUCGGCCACUUGCCCCACAAUUGGAGGUGGAUGGUCGGCUCGCCAAGUGUCCUGGGCCUGGUCCUGGCUGCUGGGCUGUAUGUGCUGCCGGAGUCCCCGCGCUGGCUGGUGGUGUCCGGGCGGCUGGACGAAGCACUCGCUGUCAUCCACAAGAUCUACCUGAGCGUGGGGCUCCAGAACGACGAGGUGGAGCAGGAGCUGAUGGAGCUGUGGAGCAACGUGGAGAAGGAAAAGGCGGCAAAGCAGGAGCGGACAGCGGCGCGGCAGGCGGCCGGGAAGGAUGUAGGCAGGCGGUCUGAAAGCAGGGGCGAUGAGGAGCGCCUCUUGCUGCAUGCUGCUGGCGGAGGUCACCCCGCGGGAGACCGGCUCCCGGCCGAUAGCGUGGCUUGGCCCAAGGGGCAGGGGUCUGUGGGCGGGCACGACACGAGGGAUGGAGAGGCGGAGCAGAAUGGCAGUGCAGGGCCUGCGGGUGCUGGCGAGCCUGAGAGUGGAGGUCCGACUGGCAGGGAGCAGGAGGCGGCACAGCAGGCCACACUGGAUGCACGGGAUGACAGUGACGGCAGAGCAGCAGUGGCAUCGGCGGGCACCACAGACGCAGAUGUAGAUAGAGGGGGCUCUGCGGAGGAGGCUCAAGCGGGAGUUGAUGAAGCUGGCGUAGGGCUGGCAGAGGACAUGCAGGAGGGCUCUAUCGAGCCAAAGCUCUAUAGGCUGCUCAGCACUGUCCCACAGGCACGUCCAUCUUGCAUAGGACAAAUGCCAAUCAAGUCUAUGGGUCUGUCGCCAAUAAGGACGCGGUCGUGGAAGGAUGACGACGCCAGCUUUACAGACUCAGACGCGCCUGCGUCGCAACAACGCUCUGGCGCGCUGCACAAGGCCCUGGCCUCUGCUGGGGAAGCCGCGCGGCACCUGGCCGAUGCCCUGGAUCUGGCGGGGUACUGGAGGACGCAGAAGGAGGUGGUGAUGGACGUGUGGGCGGUGCUACGCGGCCCCGAGCGGCGCGCAGUGCGGCUGGCAUUAGUCAUCGCCUUCCUCGACCAGGGCAUGGCGAGCACCGCCAUCGUCAACUACGCCCCCCAGGUGCUGGAGCGGGUGGGAGUGCAGGGGCACGGCAUGGCGACAGCUCUCUCCGCCUGCAUCCCGGCCUCCAAGGUGGCAGGGGUAGUGGUGUCACUGCUGUAUGUGGACAGCGCGGGUCGGCGGCCGCUGAUGGUGUGGGGCGGGGCUGGAUGCGCGGCGGCGCUGCUGCUCAUGGCGUUGGCCAACCACCUGCGCAGCAGCGCAUUCAUCCUCGUCGCCAUGUGCUCCUUCCUCUUCGCCUUCAGCGCCUCCUACGCGGCGGUGUUUUGGGUGCUGUGCUCGGAGAUGUUCUCCAUGAGCAUUAAGGCGUCUGCCUCCUCGGCUGCCAUGGCCGUCCUGUUUGCGGCUGGGGCCGCUGCCAAUUUUGUGUUCCUCUCGCUGUACUCCUGGCUGCAGUCCGGCGCCUUCCUCGUCUUCGCCGCCAUUGCAGGGUUUGGCACGCUGUAUGUGCACCUGAACCUUCCAGAGACCAAGGGGCUGAGCCUGACGGAGGUGCAAGCCAAGCUGGCAGGCAAGGCGCUGCAGCUGGAUGGCAGGGGUGCUGAUGCAGGCGCCACUCAAGCUGGAGACGACACCCCUCCAGCGGCGAGCAGCCGGCGCUCCUGGCUCAGCAACGCCUUUGAGCAAGUCAGACACAAGUUCUCCACGGCGUCCUACUCCUAUGUCAAGUUCAUCGAACUUUGA